UGAUUCAGCUAAUUAUAUAUCGAAAACAAUUUUUUGGUGGACAUUUCCAUUUUUUCGUAAAUUUUACGGCAAACCCAUUGAAGUAUCCGAUUGUCUUAAAUGCUCAAAAUAUGACAGAUCACAUGUUUUAGGUGAACGAUUAGCAAGAAACUGGGAACUGGAGGUGAAUCGGCAUAAAUCAGGUCAAUCGGCCAGUUUAUUGAGGGCCUGUUUGCGUACAUUUGGACCACACUAUUUAUGCAUCGGAUUUUACAAUUUAUUUAUUCAUUGCAUUGUACGGAUGGCCAUACCGGUAACGUUGGGUCUAUUGGUUAGGUAUCUAAAAGAAAGUAAUGAGUCGGAAGACAAUGCUACCGACGGGCCGUUUGAUUGGACAUCGGCCAGGGCUAAAGUCUACUACUGUGCCGCUGCCAUAUGUCUUAUACAGUGUAUUAACAUUUAUGUGGCUCAUCCGUAUUUUUUUGAAAACUAUCGUAUGGGCAUGGAGGUCAGGGUGGCCAACUCAAAUCUAAUCUACAAUAAAGCCCUACGACUGUCUAACGGUGCUCUACGUCAUACAACAGUCGGUACUAUUGUCAACCUGUUAUCCAACGAUGUCAACCGUUUUGAUAUUAGUCUAGUCUAUGCACACUAUUUGAUAACCGGACCCAUACUGAUGGUCGUCUGUGUCGGACUGCUCUGGUAUUAUAUUGGUGCGUCGUGUUUGGCCGGUAUAGCCCUACUGAUCAUCUACAUACCGUUUCAGGGAUUGAUGGGCAAAUGGUUUUCAAAACUAAGAUCCAAGUCAUCGAUAUUAACAGAUGAAAGGCUACGGCUGAUGAACGAAAUAAUACCGGCAAUGCGUGUCAUCAAAAUGUAUGUCUGGGAGAAACCGUUUGGCCAGUUAGUCCAAGCGGCCAGGGUGUCCGAAAUAAAUAAAAUACACAUAGCAAUGGUACUUCGGUCAAUUAAUUUAUCCAUUUUUUAUAUAUCGGCCAAAUUGAUAACAUUUAUAUCGUUGAUUGUCUUCAUUGUCAACGGUAACGAACUGUCUGCCGAAAAUGUAUUCGUCAGCAUUGCCCUAAUCAAUCAGCUCCGGGAGGUUAUGACCCUAUUGUUUCCCUAUGCUAUAUCACUGUCAGCCGAAUCAAGUAUUUCGCUAAACAGGAUUCAAAAAUUUUUAUUAUCCGAAGAGUUUGAUGGCAAACAACAACAACUCAAAGACAGGACUAUCACUAAUACUACUAUUACUACUACUACUACUCCACCAACUAAUCAACAAUCGGCUGAUAAUGAAAUCAAUGACAAAUAUGUGGCCAUCUCUAAGACUAUCGACGAUGAAGACGACGACGACAACGAUUCGGAAGAAGAUGAAGAUCCGUAUAAAAUAACUGUUGACAACAUUUCGGCCGAAUUCGAGACUCGGGAAGGAGUUGUCCAACAAAUUCUAUCGGAUAUAUCGUUUACGGUUAGACCGCGUAAGCUGACCGUAAUUAUCGGUGCCGUCGGUUCCGGUAAAACAGCCGUACUGAUGGCCAUCUUGAACGAACUGAAACUUCAGCAGGGAUCAGUUUCGGUUAGCGGCCGACUCGGCUACGCUAGUCAGGAGUCGUGGAUUUUUGGCGGUACAGUCAGAGACAAUAUACUGUUCGGGAAGUCGUACGACGAGCGCAAAUUCAAACAAGUAGUCCAUGUGGCCGCACUGGAGGAAGAUAUGAAACAGUUGCCGUUUGGCGACCAGACUAUUGUCGGCGACAGAGGCGUAACGUUGAGCGGCGGCCAACGGGCUCGGGUAUCGCUGGCCCGUACGUUGUACAGUAAUCCUGAUUGCUAUCUAUUGGACGACCCGUUGUCGGCAGUCGAUUCGGCAGUGGCCAAACAUAUUUUCGAAAAGUGUAUAAAAGGUUAUUUGAAACGAAAUUGCGUGAUUCUGGUCACACAUCAGCUACAGUUUAUCAAAGCCGCCGACCAGAUAGUAGUACUAUCGCAGGGAAAGCUCCGGGCGAUUGGCAGCUAUACUGAUCUACUCAAAGAAGGUAUCGAUCUGAUCAAAUAUGCCGGCGAUACUGAGCUUCUCCGGCCCGAAGACGACCAAAACAAACAAUCGCAACACUUUUCGGACGUCCGUCGCCGGACAUCGUCCGUAUCGGAUAUAUUUGGCUCCCGAUUGCCAACAAUUUCAUCCAUGCAUUCGUUCGGCGACGACGGAGAUGUCGAUCUCGGAGUCGGUGGUGGCCGCGGCUCAGCCGGAGACGACAUCAUUGGUCAACAAAUACUGGCCAACAAAGAUAACGAAGAGUAUUCGGCCGAUCCGUCGCGGGCCGGCCAAACAUCGCCAAAAAUCUAUUGGACAUUUUUACGUGCCGGUGCCGGUUGGGUACUCCUACCGACACUGUUACUAUCAAACAUAUUGACUCAAGUAACGUUUACCGGCGGCGAGUAUUGGCUGUCACAGUGGACCAAAUAUCACGAAGACAAACAAAUAGCCAAAGAUACCGGUGCUGACCUCCAGGUAGAUACCAGUUGGAUGAUAUCCUACGAUGAAACCAUUAAUAUUGCCAUCUAUACGGCACUGGUUGUCGUGUGUUUUGUGUUUACCAUUACCCGAACGGUCUGUUUUUUUACUACAUGUAUGCGCGCAUCGGUACGCCUGCAUAAUAAAUUACUGGAAUCGGUUAUUCGGGCACCGAUAGCUUUUUUCGAUAGAUAUCCAAUAGGAAUGAUACUAAAUAGGGUUUCACGUGAUUUAGGUAUUAUCGAUGACCUGUUGCCGCCCACGGCUUUCGAUGCCAUUGAACUGUUAGCCGAAUGUCUGGCCAUUUUGGUACUCUGUGUAAUAGUCGACUAUUGGCUGGUCAUACCAUCUGUGGCGCUGAUCAUAUGCCUGAUGUUGGUCCGUCAGUUUGCAUUGGGAACUAUUAGGCGGCUCAAGAAAGUCGAGGGCACUGCCCGGACACCGAUAUUCAGUCAUUUGGCUUCGACACUGAGCGGUUUGGCCACUGUCCGAUCGUUUGGUAUGGAACGGGAGUUUUCGCGCAAGUAUGACAUCCUACAGGACAGACAUACCAACACCUACUUUAUGUUUAUGACAUGCAAUCGAUGGUUCGGUAUUGUCCUGGAUGAACUGUGUUUAGUAUAUAUUAUUGCCACUACUAUCCUAUUGGUGGCCAAUGUCGAAAACGGUAGCGCUAUCGGACUGACCCUAUCGCAAGCUAUACAAUUGACCGGUGGUUUUCAAUGGGCUAUUCGCCAGUCGGCCGAAGUCGAGACUCAGAUGACUUCAGUCGAAAGAGUGGCCGAACUUCGUAAGAUUGACCGCGAAUUUGAAAGUGAUGUCAAACCGCCGGAAGAUUGGCCAAAAACUGGACAAAUAGUUAUGCAAGACGUUUGCCUAAAAUAUGGCGAAUCGGCCGAUCCGGUACUGAAAAACUUGAAUCUGGUUAUCAAUGGCGGCGAAACUGUGGGCAUUGUCGGCCGUACCGGUGCCGGCAAAUCAUCCAUCAUUGCCACACUGUUUCGUAUGACACCGCCGUCAGGACUGAUCGAAAUCGACGGCAUCGAUACCGCGUCAAUCAGUUUGGCUUCGUUGAGACGAAACAUAUCGAUCAUACCUCAGGAACCGAUACUAUUUACCGAAACUGUCCGCAAAAAUCUCGAUCCGUUUGGCGAAUGUGACGAUUCAUUCAUUUGGGAAGUACUUGAAAAAGUUCAACUAAAAGACACUAUCAAUAGGUUUCCUCAGAAACUGGAUCAACGUAUUAGCGAAAGUGGCGGCAGUUUUAGUGUCGGCCAAAAACAGCUAAUAUGUUUGGCCAGAGCUAUAUUGCGCAACAAUAAGAUACUGGUCCUCGACGAGGCUACUGCUAAUGUUGAUCCACAAACCGAUGCCCUGAUUCAGGACACCAUACGUAACGAGUUUAGCAACUGUACUAUACUGACAAUAGCUCAUCGGUUGCACACAAUUAUGGACUACGAUAAGGUACUGGUGCUCGAUGCCGGCCGAUUGGCACAGUUCGAUGCACCACAUAAUCUGGUACAGGACAGGGACGGCAUAUUUGCACAGAUGAUCGAAACUACUGGCCAUCAAAUGGAGCAUCACUUGAAACAGAUUGCAUUGAAAGCCUAUAUUAGAAAAAUUCAGUAA